GUGUCUCUUCUUUCUACCUCCACUCCCAUCGACGGCGGGAUUUCUGGUCUCGAGCUCAUGGACGAACUCGACCAGAAGAUCCAGGAUGUCUACAAACACAUUGCGACAGAACGCAAGAUCUUGGAGGCGUCCCAACUUCUUCGACAAGCGACAACUAAUCCCGAUGUGCUACGUCGCAAUGACUCAAAGAUAAGGGAAACCGAGCGGUCUCUCGCUUAUUUUGAACAAACUCUUCGUGAGCUCCUCGCUCGCAAGAACAACCCCCAGCCCGAUUAUGAUGCACCCCAGGUACCUCCCAAGGGUGGCCGUGGUCCAAUGCCUGGUGGUCAAGGUCCUAGUCCCAGUCAGAAGUACUCCAACCUCGACCUCAUCAAGGCCGAAACACCGCAUACGCCAGAAAAGAUAUCACGGAUGCUUCAUCAACUCGAGUUCAAACUCCGUGUGGAGCAGCAAUACAAGGAGGGCAUAGAGAAGAUGGCGAAGCUUUACUCUGCGGACGGCGACAAGCGCUCUCGUACCGACGCCGACCAAAAGAAGAUCGAAAGUGAAAAGAAGAUCCAACUUCUCAACACCGCUCUAAAGCGGUACAAGAACUUACAUGUGCUGGAUGUUGUCGAUGAGGAGGACGCGACAGCAAAUGUCCCCGGGAUUGACGGCGAACGUAAGGACAACCUUCGCGCCAAACCACUUUCCGGUACCCUCCAUGUUACGGUCCACGGUGCCCGUGAAAUAGAACAUGCUCCGGUUAUCACCGGCCGCUCUAAAUCUUCAUCCAAACAACAGAUCGAGACCGUCGUGUCGCUAAAGGUUGAAGGCACUCAGCUUGCCCGGUCACAUCCCUCUCGGACGGACCGAUGGAACGAAGACUUCACAAUUUCCGUUGACAAAGCCAAUGAAGUCGAAAUUGUCCUGACUGACAAACAUGUUGGAGACACUCAAGGGGUUCCUAUUGGCCUUCUCUGGAUCCGCAUCAGCGAUCUUGUUGAAGCUUUGCGCCGACAGAAGGUUGGUAUGGAUAGUGGUCAAGGUUGGGUCACGGCUGGCGCUAUGCCCGGUCAACCAGCCUCCAAUGGGGGCGACUUCAAUGCUCCUCUAGGCUAUCGAGAUGGUGGGACUGGCCAACUCCUUGGGAUGGCCCCGACUGCAGAAGGUAUUGAUGCAUGGUUCGCUGUCGAACCCGCGGGAGCUAUACUGUUGCACCUCAACUUUAUCAAGGAGAAUGUUCGCAAGCGGCCUUUAGAUGCUCCUCUCGGUGGUCUCGGGCGUCAAGGCGCUGUCCGCAAGCGCAAAGAUGAAGUCCACGAAAUGAAUGGCCAUAAAUUUGUCCAGCGACAGUUCUACCAACUUAUGCUCUGUGCAUUCUGCAGCGAGUUUCUUCUCAACGCAGCAGGCUACCAAUGCGAAGACUGUCGAUAUACCUGUCACAAGAAGUGCUAUGAAAAAGUGGUCACGAAAUGUAUCUCCAAGUCUAACACUGGAGAGGGCGAUGAAGAAAAAAUCAACCACCGUAUCCCACAUCGAUUUGAGCCCCUCACUAACAUGGGCGCUAAUUGGUGCUGUCAUUGCGGGUACAUGCUUCCGUUUGGCAGGAAAAACUCGCGCAAGUGUUCUGAAUGCAACAUCACCUGCCAUGCCAAUUGCGCCCACCUUGUUCCUGAUUUCUGUGGAAUGUCCAUGGAAACUGCCAACAGAAUCCUACGUGGUCUCCGCGACAUUCGCAGCACACAGAGCCAAAAUGCACCUCGAAAACAAUUGACCCCUGGGGAUUCGCCUACCACUGGCAUGGCCAACUUGCGUCUUACAGGUUCUGACAUGGCACCGCCACCUGAAUACGGCCGGCCUCCGCCGCCUCCAGCCCAAUACGAUCCUAUCGUCGCAACAUCAACUCCUGAAGCCCCGCAUUACUACCAGCAUGCAUUGCCAGGCCACGUGCAGCCCCCAGCACAGUCACCAUAUGCACCUCCUGGUCCUCGUCCACCUACCGGGCCAGCUGGCCCAAGACCAGGCUAUGACCAGCCACCACCACCUCAACCUCGUCCACCUCCUGGAGCUUAUGACCCAUCAGCAGCCGCCCUAGGACCAGAUGGCUACCCGCUUUCUUAUCCAGGUCCUCCACGAAGUCCUCAACCCGGUGCGGGACCACCAGGUCCACGAAAACAAGGUAGCCAAGGUUUGCCCAUGUCGCCGAUAGCCCCACGGCCACCAUCCAUGCAACCACCCCAAUCGCGUCUUCCACCGCCUCCUCAACAACAACAGGUUCCAGUACAAGCGCCUGUUCGCCAGCAGACGCGACCAAAAAGGAAAGUCGGGCUCGAUGACUUCAACUUCUUGGCCGUCCUCGGUAAGGGUAAUUUCGGGAAGGUUAUGUUGGCGGAGGAGAAGAAGACAAACGGUCUCUAUGCUAUCAAGGUUUUGAAGAAGGAAUUCAUCAUUGAUAACGAUGAAGUUGAGAGCACCCGCUCCGAGAAACGUGUUUUCCUCGCAGCUGCCCGAGAACGACAUCCCUUCCUCCUCGGACUCCAUUCGUGUUUCCAGACUGAGACCCGCGUUUACUUCGUGAUGGAGUAUGCCAAAUUCUAUGCAUCGGAAGUGUUGCUGGCGCUGGAGUAUUUCCAUAAAAAUGGCAUCAUCUACCGUGAUCUAAAACUCGAUAACAUUCUGUUGACGCUUGACGGCCACGUCAAGGUUGCGGACUAUGGGUUGUGCAAGGAGGAAAUGUGGUACGGCAAGACAACGAGUACCUUCUGUGGUACUCCAGAAUUCAUGGCUCCCGAAAUUUUAUUGGAACAACGCUAUGGACGGGCGGUCGACUGGUGGGCUUUUGGUGUGCUCACCUACGAAAUGCUGUUAGGGCAGUCUCCGUUCCGUGGCGACGAUGAAGAUGAAAUUUUCGACGCAAUCUUGGAGGACGAACCGCUUUAUCCAAUCACCAUGCCCAGAGAUGCUGUCUCGAUCUUACAAAAGCUUCUGAACCGUGACCCUCAGCGUAGAUUAGGUGCUGGCGAGGAAGACGCCGAGGAGAUUAAGCGGCAACCUUUCUUCAAGGACGUCAAUUGGGACGAUGUACUCCACAAACGAAUACCGCCCCCUUACUUCCCCACCAUCAAUGGCAGCGCCGACACGAGCAACUUUGACGAAGAAUUCACCAAAGAGCAGCCUACGCUGACACCGGUGCAUGGGCAACUAUCAUCGCGGGACCAGCAGGAGUUUGCUGGAUUCUCCUGGGUCGCAACAUGGGCCGAUGUGUAG